GCCCGGAGGCGUCUUCUCCAGACCGGCUUUCCUCCAGCUCACCGCUGAGGAACUCCAGCUGGCGGAUGAUCACGCGGGCAGAGCCGUCCAGAGCCCCCGCGAGAGUCGCCGUCGCCUGCCUUGGAGCACCGGCUACGCCGAGUAGGCGAAGAGGGCGCCUGGUGAUGGGAGGUGGGCGGGAGCCAUCUCGGAAGACGCGGAGGGAAGGUGGUUGCCGGAGAGCUAGCGAAGAAGAAGAAGGGAGGAGGGAGCUGGAAGAAGGGGUCGUAGUAGCGCGAGGCAGUCGGGAGAGGACGGAUGGCCUCCGGGUGGUAUUAGUUGGGGAGGGGUCGGUAUUAGUCUGCGCAGGUCUCAGGCCUGCAGCAGCGUGUGGCAUAGUAAAAAGUGUAUCUGAGCACGUGCAGAUUGCAUUCCUGGCAUCGCGUUAGCGAGUAAUCACAAGCACUCUCGGUACUUCUGGGGUUGGAGAUAAAAGCUUCCGGGACCUAUUAUCACGGGCGAUUGGCCACAAUAGCUAAAACAGAGCCUCCAAAUUGUGGAGCACUAUGCCACCGAGAACCAGUUGCUGUUGCCUUCAAUCACGCCUUGCUUGUGGGUUUCCCAGAAGCACGUUGCUGCCCGUUUUAUUGGAAGCAGCAGGAAGGCUACUGGAGUAAGCGGCGUCGAGGCAGGCUGCAGCCUCUGCAUCUCUCAUCCCUAAAAUUAAGCUCUGCUCUUUUUUUCCUCCUUUAAGCAGAGCUGGAAGAUACGGCGAGAGGGUGGAUAGAUACUGUGUGCGUACAGCUCCACUGUCUGUGGAACGCGCGAUCGAGCGCUUGUUCCCCACUAACUGACGGGAAAAGUGGUUGGUGUGCCGCUAGGGCCCUCUGCGUCCAUUUCCACCCCCUGCCGUCGAAGGUCCCGGUGCAGCUACGACUUGCCCCACUCUGCCUUGAGCAGGCGAGUGUUGGGGCUGCAGUGCCAUUAGGUGGGGAAGUGCAGCUAUGUAGGCAAUCAGGGUUCGGUCAGAGAGAUUCUCCACUGGCACUGAACUUGCUCAAGAUCUUUUAUGACCGUGGUUCCCAACCUGGGGACCUCCAGAUGCUGCAGGACUCAGGGGUGUAGUAGAGGGGAGACACGCAGGGAUGGAGUGCCAGUACUUCUUCUCUGGCUUUUGGGGUGGUGGGCAUGGCCAUGGGGGCUGUCAUGGAGAGCACCUUCACUCCUGCAUUUGCAGGUACAUCACUAGCUGAACUACAGCUCCCAUCAGCCCCAGCUACAAUUCAUUGUGACUGGGGAUGGUGGGAGUCGUAGUUUAGCAACAUCUGGAGGCCCCCAGGUCAUGAACCACUGUUAUAUGCAUAUUGAAGUGAAGGCAGAUUGAGAGAGAAUGUUAUGUGGUUGGGGAAACUUCCUAAAUCUAAUCUAGGAACUGCCAGGCAUAUUGCCAAUGUAUUUUUCUUCUUUGCCUCCCCCCCUUAUCAUUACUUGGAUAAGUGCUCCUCAGAAGGGAGCCCAUGGUGUUCUGUGGGGCUUCUUGUGCAGGGAACAUGGGGUUGUGUGCAGAUUCCUUGGUGCAGAGUGGAUGGCAGGCUUUCCAUGCUGUGAGAAAAAGUCUCAUGUCAAAGUACUGGGACCAUUAUCUAAGGCAGUGGUUCCUAACCAGGGUUCCUCCAGAUGUGGCUGGGGAUGCUGGGAGUUGUAGUUCAGCAAUGUCUGGAGGAACCCUGGUUGGGAACCGCUUAUCAAAGGGAUGUCCUUUUCAACAACCUCUUUAAGCAGAGAGACGGAGCUGGAAAGGUGUUGGAGUACAGAGGAGACCUCACUAGACUGAGUCAUUUAAAAAAAUGUUUUCGUGAAAUAUCCUUGAAGAGUAGUAUUUUCUCAAAAACACCCCAGGAGCUUGCAACAAAACUUUGUGAAAUGCUCUCUCCCCCGCACUCUCUCUCUCUCUCUCUCUCUCUCUCUCUCUCUCACACACACACACACACACACACACACACACACACACACACACACUUCCCCUCAAUACACAUGGGCAGCCCAUGUAUUUUCUUGGGGCUGGUGAAUUUUGGUGACUGCAACCUCCCUUGUUUUGCAUAAGGCCCUUUGCUACUCCCUCCCCAUUGUCUUUCUUCAUUUUGCCACUUUAAAAUGUGGUGUUGGGUUGUGAGCCCUCUUUUCCUGGAUCUGCUUAUCUCUAAGCCAAGGACAAAAGAGAACAUAGCUAAUUCUUCCCCUGUUGUGUUUCCUUCUUCAAGGAUACUUGGGGUAUGUUUCCUACAGUUGUUGGGGAGCAGUCUAGCAUGGCAGAGUUUGAGAGCUAUUGAGCUAUUGCAUUUCUUCUUAUAACUGCACACUUUUCAUAAUCUUACAAGCACCAGUUCUGUUGGCAUUUGUUGCUAAUCAGUUACAUUUAGGGAGCACUUGUGUUACUAGCAAUAUUAAAAUAUAAAGACUCAAGAAUAGCAUUCAUUGGCAGAAGAAAUGUACUUUUGAGUUCUCAGGCUCAGGUAUCCUUUUUCAUAUAUGCAAACAAGUUAGAAUCAUGAUGGAAUACCACUAAAAUGGUAUCUGCUGUUUGCUUUCCACACUUCUUGUCUUUAUAGGAUGUAUUUGUAGAAAAAAACAACUAAUGCCUAUAUUUACUUAGUUCAGCCAACUCGGCAUAUAUGGUGGCAGUCCAAUAGACUGAUGACCAUGAGACUUGCUGGGUGACUCUGGGCCAGUCACUUCUCUCUCAGCCUAACCUACUUCACUGGGUUGUUGUAAGGAGAAACCUAAGUAUGUAAUGCACCGCUCUGGGCUCCUUGGAGGAAGAGCGGGAUAUAAAAUGUAAAAAAAAAAGAGAGGGAGAGAGAGAGUUUGACAACUAUGAUAUAAUGGUCUUCUGCUGCCCACAUGCCAAUGUUAUGUAUUGCUUAAAAUUAACAUUAUGCUUCAGUAAUGCUGUUCUGGCACACUGGGAGUUGUGUGAUGUUGCAAAGUUUGUGCUUGUUUUGGAAUAUGUAUGUUAAAUAUUGGACAAAAAGAUUAGCACGGCUUCUGCAUAAGGACGACAUGCAAAUUUAUGGUGUACCUAAAUCUGUAGAAAUAUAUCAUUUCUCACUAAAGUAAUACACUACUUGAAAUCCCCAAAUCAGGUUUUCUCAGCCCUCAUAAAAGCAGCUGUCUCGUGACUGCAGUGGGAGAAAAAAAUUGCAGCUAUGACCCAAAUGUACAUUUUGGACAGAAUCCAGAAUCUAUUUGUUUAAGAAUGACUUUGACAUUGUAGAGUGUUAAGUGUUUAAUGUUCUGUAGUCAUAGGCUUGGGUUUCUUCUUUCUUCUUUUCUUUUUAAUGAUGGUUUUUAUCAAUGUAUUUUAAUAGUGUCUGGUGAUUUUAAAUAAAAAAUUAAAAUUAAAUUUAGAAAAGAAUCCAGAAGAUGUAAAAAUAGCCAACUACUUUAAAAAAAACAAAGGAACCCAAAUUUGUGAUGUUUAAGUCAAUUUUAUGUCAUGUAGUGGAAUGAUUUUUUUAAUUUUUGUUGUAGCCAGAGCUGCCAUGUUUUUUUCCCCUGACAGGGUUCCUGUUUCUUUAAGAACUGCUUGUUGGAUAGAAAUUUCAGCAGGUGAAGCUUUUCCUGAAAUGGAGAUGCGGUGAAUGCUAAGCUCUUGUGUAGCUGUUAAAGGCACAGGAGUCUUGCCAGAGAGAAGUGGUAAUGCUUGUUUAGUUGUGCUGGGAUUUGGAAAAAAAAAUCUAUUUUGCCCUUCUGCUAUCCAGUUUCAUGUUGCAAAACACUGAAAUGGAGUAAGAGCUUUUAUUCCUUUCCAUUUUUAGUCAUCAAUGGAGAACGAUAGCUUCAGUUUCCAGUAUAUUACAUGUGCCACUUUUCUUAAGAGUGAUAAAUGCUGGCAAGAGCCAGCACAAUGAAGAUCAAGCCUGCUGUGAGGCCGUGUUUGUGGAAAAGCGACGUAAUCCGAGGAAUAACCCAACCCCCAAAGAAGUUUCUGGAGACCCAGAUGGGCAAAGGCUUGUGCUUCUAUUACUGGGGCUUAUUUGAUGGACAUGCUGGAAGUGGAGCUGCAGUCAUGGCAUCCAAGCUGCUUCACUUCCACAUUCGUGACCAGCUCCGGGACUUGGUAGACAUCUUACAAGACUCCUCCCUUCCUCCCAUCUGCCUUCAAGAAAGCUCCAGGACAGUUGUAGGAGAAUCGCACAGGGCCCCUCUGGCAGAGGAAGAUGUUGAGGUCCCCAACAAUGCUUUGCCACGCUUCCACAUGGAGAAGGCUGUUUCCCGUGAGAGUUUGGUAGUCGGAGCCAUUGAGAAUGCAUUCAAGCAGAUGGACAAUCAGAUCGAGCAGGAGCGGGUGACCCGGCUUGCAUCAGGAGGCUGCUGUGCCCUGGCUGUGGUUUACCUCCUGGGGAAGUUCUAUGUAGCCAAUGCGGGUGAUAGUAGGGCCAUUGUCAUCCGUAAUGGGGAAAUCAUUCCAAUGUCCAGGGAGUUUACUCCAGAGACAGAGAGGCAGAGGCUGCAGUUUUUAGGAUUUUUGAGACCUGAGUUGCUGGGGAAUGAGUUUACUCACCUUGAGUUCCCCCGAAGGAUCCAGCAUAAGGAACUGGGGAAGAAGAUGCUGCACAGGGACCAAAACAUGAAUGGCUGGGCAUAUAAAAAGAUAGAAGAAGAUGACCUGAAGUUUCCACUUGUCUACGGAGAGGGUAAAAAGGCACGAAUGAUGGCAACCAUUGGGGUGACUCGAGGCUUUGGAGAUCAUGAUCUCAAGGUCUACAGCUCUAACAUUCACAUCAAACCUUUCCUGUCUUGCGUCCCAGAGGUCCGAAUAUAUGACCUCACUCAAUAUGAGCACUGUCCUGAUGAUGUGCUGGUGCUAGGCACGGAUGGCCUCUGGGACGUCACCAAUGAUCGACAAGUGGCCGAUGUGGUCUUUGAUGUUCUCAUGCGCUAUGAGCCCAAUGACCCUUGCAGGUACACCAUGGCAGCCCAGGAGUUGGUGGUGAGGUCCAGAGGAGUUCUGAAGGAGCGUGGCUGGAGGCUGGCCAAUGACAAGCUGGGCUCUGGAGAUGAUAUCUCAGUCUUCGUCAUCCCCCUUGGUGGCCCAGGAAACUACUCCUGACCCUGAAGUCCCCCGGGGCACAGAGUUCCUGCUACUCAGCUGUCAGAGACUUUUCAGCAGACCGGAGUCUGCAUGUCCGCCUGCUGCUGGAGUGCUGGUGCCCCCUGAGCCUUCUGGAGAGGAUUACAAUUACAGGUCCUGCUCCUGCAUCUCCUCCAUCUCCGUUUGCGGCAUCCCUGCUGGGACACAAGACCCGCAGCCCUGGGCCACGCAGCUGUGAACAGCAAGGAAAUCAAAACACAGCUGCUCCUCUCAGGAAUCAUCCCUACUGGCCUUUGAGACCUCUCGGAAAUCCCACGUUCCAAGGGCUGCAUAGUUUUGGGCUUUUGCCAAUAUUAUCCCAGGGAAGGGGCAGGGGGCAAUAACAGUGACACUUUGUUACCACAGCAUGGAAAUGGUUUCCAUGCUGGGUAGAAGUCUUACCCAUCCACUGCAGCAUUUAGUCCUUUGUGAAUACUUCCUCCCCCCAUCCCAUUGUUACAAAGGGGCAAGUUGAGCUCGCUUUGCCAGAUGUAAAGGACACCUCACCCUGACUCGUAACGACAAUCACACCUCAUUGCCUGGACUAUGCCUUCCUGCCCCGGCAAUCAGUUCCUGAUUCUAUUUGCUAAAGUGGCAUCAAGUAAGUGCUGCUGAUGGGUUGGUUCCCAUUCCUUAGGCGUGUCUCAAGGAGGCCUGUGCAGCUUUCAGUCCAGUCUGCCAACUGCAUAAUAAGGUGACCUUAUGCAUUCAUUUAAAAAAGGUUUUCUCAAAAUAACGUCAGAAAUUGCUGUAGCAGCCAGGUUUCCUUGCUAUAAAUGUGCCUCCAAAUGGCAAAUGAGAGGUAACAAUCAAUUUCUGCCAUAGAACAUUUCACUGGAGAGAAUCUACUGUACUUCUCUUUCACCAUGCGGGCAGCACCUACAACAACAAGCAAACAUAAUGGAAACUCUCUGAUUAGUUUGUUUAAACACCUAAAGCCAAGAUACAGACAUCCACUGCAGGAUAGAGAAUUAGCAGACAUGUAUAUAGAAGGCAGCUAUGUCUAGGGAUGGCAAAAUGGUAGAAUAUUCUGUAUUUCUAGUCUGCUAAUUUGUCUCCUAUGAGAAGCAAUAUGCUUCUGUGGAUAUAUGAACUUAUGAAGCUGCCUUAUACCACGUCAGACCAUUGGUCCAUCUAGCUCAAUAUUGUCUACACUGACUUGCAGCACUUCUCCAAGGUUUCAGGCAGCAGUCUUUCCCAGCCCUACUUAGAGAUGACAGGGAUUGAACCUGGGACCUUCUGCAUGCAGGCAGAUGCUUUACCACUAAGUUACAACCCCAUACCUUAAGGGGAAUAUCUUACAGCAGUCAGCACUCAUAUGUCAUCCCCCAUCCAAAUGCAACCCAACAUGAAGCCUGCUUAGCAAAGGGAUAAUUCAUGUUCGCUACCUCAGGACUGGCUGUCUUGUUGAAGUUGGGCCUGGAGCCCAGAGUGGUAGAUUCUUGGCUCAAUGAAUAGGAGAUCUUCAGAUUGAUGGUCUGAAUUUUUUCGUGGCACUUGAGUUUUCAGCUAGGUGCACUUUGUAAAGGAAAGACCAGCCCUGUUUAGGGGAGUUUGCAGUUUAAAUUUAUCUGGCCAUUGAGCAAUUGGUUGAUAGGCUAAGGUUUAAGAAGAAAUGAAUUGCACCCUUAAGUGAAACACCUCUCGCUCUUCUAUAAACCCUAAGCACAGGAAAUAUCUAUCCUGGCAGUCUCGCUCUGCAGAACGUUUUAUUGGACACUUCCACAUUAUGCAAAACCUGAGCCUGGAAACUUGGAUUUACUCGUCUCUCUGCAGAGUGUGAAGUUUACACCUGAGGGGGGGGGGAGAAACACCUGAAGAAUUGCGACUGUAAGUUGCCAUUCCAGCUUUUAAAAAUUGGCUAAGAUCCUCCCUUGCUAGAAAGCACUUUGGUAUUGAUUUUUUUUUUUUUUUUGGUCCUGCUGUCACUUUCUGGUGAAUGUAAUGUGUACCUUGUCACGAGGGAGACAUGAAUAAAGUGAAUGCACCUCUUGGGAACCAAAAGGAAAAGAUGGGUUUUAAUUCAGUAAAAGGCACGUGCUGAAGGUGGGAAGAGCUGUAUCCUGACAACAUAGCAAGGCCAUUGGCUGCAGGCAAGAGAUACUGUAGCAAAUGAUGUAUUCAACAGCUCUGACAAGAAAGACAACAUUAAAACAAAUCAGUUGAGUAA